ACCCUCCUUUUCCUCUAUAAAACCUCCCGGAUAAAAUAAGAAGGAGAAGAAGAAGAAGAAAGAAGAAGAAGAAGAAGAAUAGAACAGGCAGCUGCUCUCUAGGAGUAUGGCGGAGAGCGGAGCUGAAGGGCCGGCGAUAGGGAUCGAUCUAGGAACCACUUACUCUGUUGUCGGAGUUUGGCAGCCGCGUCAGGGCCGGGUUGAGAUCAUCACCAACGAUUUGGGCAACCGCACGACGCCGUCUUGGGUUGCCUUCAAAGAUGGCGAACGUCUCGUGGGCGAAUCUGCACAGAACCAGGCCGCCUUUAACCCCUCCAACACCAUCUUCGAUGUGAAGAGGCUGAUAGGAAGAAAAUUUAGUGAUGAGAUGGUACAAAACGAUAUCAAGUUGUGGCCAUUUAAAGUCACAGCUGGCCCUGAGUAUGGGAAUGCCGAAAAACCAAUGAUAGCUGUCACUUACAAGGGUGAAGAGAAGACAUUUGCUGCUGAGGAGAUAUCUUCAAUGAUCCUCCAAAAGAUGAAGUGCACUGCAGAGGCAUAUCUAGGCAAGCAAGUCAAGAAUGCUGUUAUCACAGUUCCUGCCUACUUCAAUGAUGCACAACGUCAAGCUACAAAAGAUGCCGCUUUCAUUGCUGGGCUUAAUGUCUUGCGAAUCAUCAAUGAGCCCACAGCUGCUGCGAUUGCCUAUGGUCUAGACAAGAAUGGACCUGGAAGUGGUGAUCCUGCUUCAAAGAACAUACUGGUUUUUGAUCUUGGUGGUGGGACUUUUGAUGUCUCUAUUGCCACGAUAGAGAAGGGCCUGUUUGAAGUCAAAGCAGUUAAUGGGGACACCCACCUUGGCGGGGGAGAUUUCAAUAACAAAAUGGUCAGCCACUUUGUUGCCGAGUUUGAGAGGAAACAUAAGAAAGACAUUAGCUCAAAUCCUAGGGCUUUAGGGCGUUUAAGAGCAGCUUGUGAAAAAGCCAAGAGAAACCUCUCUUCAGUCACUACUACAUCUAUAGACAUUGAUUGUCUCUAUGAGGGCAUCGAUUUCUCCUCGACCAUCACCCGAGCACGGUUUGAUCAAAUGAACUUGGAUCUGUUUAAUGCUUGUUUGGACCGAGUUGAAAAGUGUUUGAAGGAUGCCAAAAUGAAGGUAACUGACAUUCAUGAUAUUGUUCUGGUUGGUGGGUCUACCCGAAUCCCAAAGGCUCAAGAUUUGUUGCAAGAGCUCUUCCAUGGAAAUAAGCUUUGCAAAAGUAUAAACCCAGAUGAGGCUGUUGCCCACGGAGCAGCUUUUCAUGCUGUGUCCCUCACUGGUGCCUGCUUGGGUGGGAAUAAGAACAGUGUGCUUGUGGAUGUUGCUCCUUUAUCUCUUGGGGUUGAGUCGUCCAACGGUGAUUUGAAUGUGGUGAUUCCGAGGAAUACCCCCAUCCCUACAAAGAAGACAAACAAGCGUAUAACUGCCGAGGACAACCAAACAAGGGUUACGUUCCAAGUGUUUGAAGGGGAAAUGCCAAUAGCAGAAGACAACUAUUUCCUGGGCAAAUUUUCCCUCCACAACAUUCCUCCAGCACCCGUUGGUGUUGCCAAGUUUGAUGUUGAUUUUGAAAUUGAUGUGAAUGGCAUCUUGACUGUGUCUGCAGUUCUAGUAGGUAGUAACAAUAGGGACCAAAUCACUAUAACCAAUCACAGCUUGAGGCUUUCAAGGGAGGAGAUUGAUCGGAUGGUGAAAGAUGCCGAGGAGUACAAGGCUCAAGACGAGGAGCGCAAGAGAGCAUCCGAGGCUAAAAAUGAUUUGGAGAACUACAUUCACUACUCAAGAGGCAUUUUGUCGAAGAUGGGUGGGAAGAAGAAAAUGGAAACUUUUAAGGAUGCAAUUGAGAGAACUGCUCAAUGGUUAGAGUGGAAUUGCGAGCUUGGUGAGGCUCACAAGUUUGAGGAAAAGAAGAAAGAGCUUGAGCUCUUAUGUGACUCUCUGGUUGCAAAGAUGCGGGGUAUCAGCCUCGGCAAGAGCGGGACGCUGCAUGGCAAAGGCGAGAGCGUCCGUACGGUCAUCUCGGCCACGGACAAUGCUCUUGUGGCGUUCCUCUUGAACGAUGAGUGCAUAAGCUCGGUGUAUGUCCGGAACAGGUCAGAUGUGAAGAGGCUGAUAGGUAGAAGAUUCAGUGACAUAGUGGUACAAAAGGACAUGAAACUCUGGCCGUUUAAAGUCACAGCUGGCCCGGAGUAUGGGAAUGCCGAAAAACCUAUGAUAGUUGUCACUUACCAGGGUGAAGAGAAGACAUUUGCUGCAGAAGAAAUAUCUUCAAUGAUCCUCCAAAAGAUGAAGAGUGUUGCGGAGGCGUAUAUAGGGAAAGAAGUCAAGGAUGCUGUAAUCACUGUUCCUGCCUACUUCAAUGAUGCGCAGCGUCAAGGUACAAAAGAUGCCGGUGUCAUUGCUGGGCUUAAUGUCUUGCGCAUCAUCAAUGAGCCCACAGCUGCUGCCAUUGCUUAUGGCCUUAACAAGAAAAGAAGUGGAAGGGGUGCUUCUGCCGCUGCUAAGAACAUCCUGGUUUUUGAUCUUGGGGGUGGGACUUUUGAUGUCUCAAUUGUGACAAUGGAGAAGGAUGUGUUUAAAGUCAAAGCAGUUAAUGGGGACACCCAUCUUGGAGGAGGAGAUUUCAAUAACAGGAUGGUUAGCCACUUUGUAGCCGAGUUUGAGAGGAAACACAAUAAAGACUUGAGUGGAAAUGCUAGGGCCAUAGGACGACUCAGAGCAGCAUGUGAGAGGGCAAAAAGAAACCUCUCUUCCCUUACCGAAACAUCUAUUGACAUUGAGUGUUUAUUCGAUGGCAUUGAUUUCACUUCGAGCAUCACCCGUGCUAAGUUUGAAAAAAUGAAUUUGGAUCUGUUCAAAGAUUGCAUGGAACUAGUUGAAAAGUGUGUGAUGGAUGCCAAACUGGAGAAGGGUGACAUUCAUGGUAUAGUUCUGGUUGGUGGGUCCACCCGGAUCCCAAAGGUUCAAGAUGUAUUGGAUUUUGUGCUUGUGGAUGUUGCUCCUUUAUCCCUCGGUGUCGAGCAAUUUGGUGGCGCAAUGUCUCUUUUCAUUCCAAGAAACACCCCCAUCCCCACAAAGUUUACAAAGUUCAACUGCACAACUCCUCAUGACAACCAAACCAGUGCCCGGUUCCCAAUCUACGAGGGUGAGUCUCCAAUGGCAAAAGACAACAACUUUCUAGAAGAGUUCAUCCUUGAUGACAUUCCUCCAGCUCUCAGAGGCUCUGCCAAGGUUGAUGUCAGCUUGGAGAUCGACGACAAUGGCAUCUUGAUUGUGUCUGCAGAAGCGGCGGGGAGCAACAUCAAGAAACAGAUCAAGAUAACCAAUCACAGCGCGAGGUUCUCAAAGGGGGAGAUGGAUCGGAUGGUGAAGGAGGCAGAGGAGCACAAGGCUCAAGAUGAGGAGCGCAAGAAGGCAUCCACGGCUAAGAAUGCACUGGAGAAUUACAUUCAUGACAUCAAUGACGCUUUGAGUGUGUGUGGGAAUAGGGUUGGGAUGAAGGAGAGGAUAAGCUUGAGAGAUGCGGUUGAUAAGACGGUUCGUUGGUUGGAGUGGAACCAUCUUCUUGUCGAUGCUCUCAAGUUUGAGGAGAAGCUGAAGGAGGUGGAGGCCAUAUGUGAGCCUGUUCUUGCUAAGAUGAUGCAGCCUGGGCAUGGGAGGGAUGUCUUUGUCAAGCCUGAAAUGGUUGAGAUAGAGGACUAGCCUAGCCUGAGAAUUUGUAACCUUUGUUAUUUUGUUUUUGUUUUGUGAGUUCUGUAGUCACAAAUCAUCAUCUUUUUGGAUCUAACUGAGUUGAUAAUCUUCUCUUUUUGGGGACUGGACAUACUCUCUAGUUUGGAUUAUAAUCAAUGAAGGUCAUGGAA